GGGGAUGAGGAUCUGCAGGGAGAGCCUAUCGCCCCAGCUCACGUGUCGCAGGGUGCCCUGAGCAUCGCAGCCUCUGCACCGCUCCGUUAUUUGUAAAUAGGAUCCCAGUAGAUCACAAAUAGCAGCAGAGAAUUUUUUUUUUUGCCAAGCCUUUGGAUCCAGUGAGGGGGCUGGUGACAUAAGAUCCACUGGAUCCGGACCAUUUCUGCUCUGUGCUGGGGUGCCAAUAAAAUCGCAAAGCUGUAUCCAACUGGUGGAUCCCUCGAUUUUUCUCACAUUAUGAUGCAAGGCGAUGGCCGGAGGAGAAGAAAUGAAAAUUAUUUCGACGAUCUACCGAGGUCGAAACUCGAAAGGCAAAUGGCUCAGAGUAAAUAUGAUUUUCAGACAGGAGAUUGGGGAGAACCUUCUAUCAGUCUCCGAGCCCCCAAUGAGACCACGGGGUCCAUACCUUUUCAGUACUGGCAGCACCAUCCCGAGAAGCUCAUCUUUCAAGCUUGUGACUACAAAGCAUAUAGCAUGCCAUUUGGGGGAAAAUAUGGACCCAUAUUAAAACCCGUUGCUCACCCCCAGUGUUCCUGGUCUGAGAUGAUAAAGUAUUUAGGUUCGAUGCUCAUCAAAGAACUAAGAGGGACAGAAUCGACACAGGACGCGUGUUCAAAAAUGAGGAAAUCCACAGAGCAAAUGAAAAAAGUUCCCACCAUCAUACUGUCGGUUUCUUACAAAGGGGUAAAGUUUAUGGAUGCAGCAAAUAAGGCAAUCAUCGCAGAACAUGAAAUUCGCAAUAUCUCUUGUGCCGCACAAGACCCUGAAGAUCUCUCGACCUUUGCGUACAUCACGAAAGACUUGAAAUCCAACCUCCAUUACUGCCAUGUUUUCACAGCUUUUGAUGUGAAUUUAGCGUACGAGAUUAUUUUGACACUAGGCCAGGCUUUCGAAGUCGCUUAUCAGCUAGCCCUGCAGGCCAGAAAAGGAGGACAUUCCUCAACGCUUCCAGAAAGUUUCGACAGCAAGCCUUCCAAACCUAUCCCCAAGCCACGAGUCAGCAUUCGAAAGGCAACGAUAGAUCAACCAGAUCAAAAGACUUUGGCCAACUUGCCAUGGAUUGUUGAACCCGGCCAAGAGACGAAACGAGGAAUCAGCACCAAGUACGAAACCACGAUCUUCUAAUAUCAAAGAAGCCCUCUCCUUCUUGGUGUGCCUUUGUACACUCUUCAAAGUUACUAAAUCGUAUAAACGGCCAUCUUCUCUGCAGACAGGAAGAAGGCAAUGUUAGAGCGCGUUAGACGUUAGAGAUCACAGUAUGAUGGCAUUUUCAAACAAACAUACCAACAAACAAAAAAAAAGACAAAGAACUGCCAAAAAAAAAGCGGAAUCCUAUAUUUUUUGAUGAUUUUUUUUCUCUCGUAAUCUCUAUUACAGUGUUCUUUUUUCAUUUAGACCUUUUUGAAUUUUUUUUUUUUUUCCUGGGGAAAAAAAAACCAAAAAAAAUAAAAAACAAAAAAAAACUCAGUAUAAAUGAAAUCAUGCUGUUCAUAAACAUUAUAAAUCUGAUUUGUGGCAGUAGAGUUGUAAACUAGACACAAUAUGCAUUAUUUUGGACUCACAGGAAGGGAAUAAAUAACAUGUUGCAAAAAAAUAUAAAAAAAAUAAAAAAAAAAUAAAAAGACUAUAUACCGUAUAUAUAUGGAACUUUAAAACUGCCAAGAAAUCAAUUAAUUUAUAUGCACAAGUGCAUCUUUAUAUCUGAUUAUUAUUGUAUGUGAUUUAAUUAACAAAAAGUAUUCAACAUUUCUGAACGAACUGAGUUUGCUUCUAUGUAUAGAGUACUUUGUAUAAAAUUUUAUAGGCUUAUUAAAGUUGAAGCCUUGUUACUAAA